UUUUCUCUCCUCUUCCUUUUCAUGGCUCCUCUUCUCUUUCCUCCACCAUUCCCCUUCUCCACUCAUCUUUUUUCUCCCUCCAUCUCUCCUCACCAAUCUUUCCCUCCCUUCUUUCUUUCUUUCAUCUUCUAUCCUUUCACUUCUCUUUAUCCUCUUCUUUCAUUUUUCCUUCCCCUCCUCUCUUUUUUCUCCCUCUUUUCUCUCCAUUUCUCAUGGCUUCCUCCUUUCCCUCCUCCUCUCUCCUAUCUCUCCAUCCAUUUUCCUGUCACCUCCCUCCUGUUCUCCCUCCUCCUCCUUUUGCUCUCGUUUCCACCCUGACUCAUCUAUUUCUCUCUCCUCUUUCACUCCUCCCCUCCUCCUCCUCACUCUCUUCCUCUCAUAGCCCCCCCCUUAUCUAUUCACCACCUCUCGCCUCCUCUCCUUAGUCAUCGACCCACCCCAUCCCUGUAGCACCUCCCCCCCUCCCUGUUAUCAGCUGAGAGUGUGUCUCAGGCGUCAGUGUGUGUCUGUGUGUGUGUUCGGUCAGUGUCAUGGCGUCUCUCGGCCUCCUGCUGCUUAGCACCACUCUGAUCCAAACCGCCCAGUCUCUACCUGCAGCUCGCGGUGGGGGGCGUGGCCUGGAUAUGUCGGUGGGCGGAGUCAGACGCCAGCGCAGAGACCUCCGUAACCUGCUGCCUUAUGAGGACCAGAUGAUGUCAUAUCCUGCCGCGCAGGGAGGAGGCGGGGCCAACGACCUGUAUUACCAAUCAGACGACUGGAGGGGGAGGGGCUUAGACCAGGCCCUGCAGCGAUUGGUGGAGAGAGACCAGAGGCGGGAGCAGGAGGAGGAGCAGAGAGCAGCUUACCUGGCCACUCUGCUCCGCCUCCUGAGCGAAGCAGAGAGCACGGGAUUGGUCCGCCCCGGAGACGUGGAGGUGGUGGAGGAGGAAGAGGAGGAAGAGGACGAUCAGGGGCCGCCGGGGGACUUCCAGGGCCCGGCCCCCCUGGACUACGACGAGACGGGGCGGGGGAUGAGCAUGGGGAGGCCCCUGGCCGCCUGGUGGGGCCUCCUGGAGCCUCAGCUGGCUCAGGCCCUGUUGGACAGGAUGGAGCCUCAGCUGGCUCAGACUCUGCUGGAGAGAGCGAGACAGGAUAGACCGGAGCAGACCGGACGAGUUCCAUCAGGACUGAGCAGAGACCAGGACGCUCUGAGACGUCUGGUUGCUAGGAUACUGUCCAGCAUCGGCCCUAACGAAGCCCCGGCUGUCUCCUCCAGUCGCCGAGCGAGGAGGGACCUGUCCGUCACCUUUGCUGACCCCGUUGGCUCCACCCACAGGAGGACCCGCCGUUCCCUUGACGAUGCAGCUCCUCUGUCGCCUAGCAACGAGCCUCCUCUCCUCAGGGUGAAGAGGCUGGAGGAGGAGGAGGAGGAGGAGGAGAAGGUCCGCCCCCCCGCCGCCGCUGCCGCCGGACUGCUGAGGAUGAAACGCAUCAACACCAUGGCAACCACCCCCGUGGAAGAACUGAAUUAUGGGAGUCAUAGGCGCCGGAGGAGAGCCACCCUGAACUACGACCCCCAGAUACUGAUCGAUCAGAUUCUGGAGUACAUGAGGGAGUAAGAGGAAGAGGAGGAGGAGGAGGAGGAGAGGGAGGUGUAUUCUGUCGUCUUUCAGUUUUUCUGUUUCUGCAAAAAAAAAUGUUUGUUUUGCUGCUUCUGGUGAAAAAUGUAUCUGAUCAGUUUGAUGUUCAACAUGAUGGAGUGACAGAAGAGGAGGGGGAGGAGGGGGAGGAGGAGGGAGUGAUCACCUGGAAGCUGAACCUGGUUCAGGUCUGAAGCUGCUGAAGGUCACGACCUCUGCAUCAUCUCACUCUAUUGGUCUGUUCCCUCCUGGAAAGUUUCCUGGAAAGUUUCCUGGACAGAACAGUGUAACAGAGUCAGUGCAGUGAGUUACAGCUUCAGGCCCGGUCCUGGUCUUGGUCCUGGUCCAGAUCAGUUUGUUCAGAGUUUCUCUUUUACUGUUUAAAUGUUUAAACUUCCUGUGGAAAUAAAAACAGGAAGUGUGUCGCAGCUUCGUGACACUUGCAGCUGAUCUGAUCCAAACUAAACCCCUAACUUCACCUGGCCAUCGACACUGUCUGAAACUCUCUGACUGGACGAUUACAGUAGUGCACUCUGGGAGUUGUAGUUGACUCCGCUCUCUCCUCUCUUCAGAAACAGCUGCACUCUGAGUCCAGCUUCCCUCCGUCAACGUGACUCUGUUUCUGAGGAAAAAGACAGACAGGUGACAGUAACCUUGACAACGGCUCAUCAGCUCUGUGUUGGUUGGUUCUCGUUGUGUUCCUGUAGUUCAGCUUGUGUGCAGCAGCUCAGUGUGAUCACCGUCUGUCUGUGGUGAAAAUAAACUUUGAUUUAUCUCUCACUCUGAAAUAAAGUCAGUAUCACCACAA